CAGUGGUGCCAUUAAUUUGCUUUCAUAUUAUUGAAUGGCACCAACCUGACAGAGUCAUGAGGCAGUUUGGUUUGGCCCAGCCUAUUCCAGCACCACCGAUGCAAACAGAUGAGUUGCACGAUAUUACUCUCCGACUCAGUGAGAGUAAUUGGGCACACCACCAUGCAACAUAUAUUCAUCGUUGGAAUAGGCGAGAACAAUAUAUUGUUCAAGGGCAACAAAUGGGACAACCACUCCACCAUCAUUCUGAAUAUAUGGAGUGGUACCGUCGAGCUGGUAGACGUUGGAUCUCAAUAAGUGGAGCUGCUAUUGGUUGUGUGGAGGACGCAAUUGAGGAUUGUUUGAUAAAAUUACAAAAUCCAUCAACACAAAACGUGGCAGAAGUUAAGCGUACAUUAAGAAAAAUGAUGAUUGCUCUGGAACAAGAAAGUAGGCUUUGCCAAAUGCCACCUCCUCAGUCUGCACCUCAAGCAGCAACUUUUAAUGAUGAAUUGGAAGAGGACCAACCCAUCAACCAACCUGGCCCUCACGUAGACCAACACGAUGUCAAUCACGUCCUCCUCGAUGUCGUCAACAUCAAAUGCGUCAAUCCUCUCCACCUGAUGAUGUUAUGCCCCCACCUGUCGCAUUUCACCCUUUCUGCAUGGCAUCAGCGCCUGGUCCUAUUCCCUUAG